CUCAAUUCGUGCUGUGUACGUCUGUGUCCUUGUCGUGAUCGAUAAUAAUCCCUUCUAAACUAAUUGUGUGAUUGCCAAUCCUUACGGCGAAAGGGCGCGAUGUAUUUGACAGAGCUUUACUGACUCUCUUAUAUGUUUUCUAGAACGGAAGUACUCGCCAGGUUCCGCCAUCGAAUGGUACUACCAAUACCAGACGAUGUAUCUUCGACUGAUGGCAGAGAACCAGCUAACGAAGGAAACAGCGACGAAAACAAACGCGACUGAAGAUCCGAUUUGUCCCGACAAUUACGCUGACCAUGAGAAAAUUCAAAACAAUCAACCAUUGACUGAAGUCAAUAGUAAUCAGGUAACCGCGGGUAAUCGCGAUUACUCUUGUCCGCGUUGCGGUAAUGCCUACACUAGACCGCACUCGCUCAACAGACACAUGAGAUUUGAAUGCGGCGUGGAACCGCAGUUUGAAUGUCCUAUCUGCCAUAAAAAGUCCAAGCAUAAGCAUAAUCUUGUAUUACACAUGAGAACUCAUCAGAAAUCUUGAGAUCAUUCAGUGCCAUUUAAUAUUGCGCGAGACGAAAGUUACUCCAAAAGUUUUCGGUGAGCAAUAAAAGCGUUACAAAAAUUAUAUGCACUUGGUGUAAAAUCAAUACUUCCUGAAAAUUUAAAGAGGACGGUUAACCGAUAAAAAUUUAGUACAAUUAAAAACAAUAUUUUCUUGGAUAUUUGUAUAUCCAUAUAUUGUUUGGUUAAUUGUAGACAAUAAAAAUGUUCAAAAAUGUAAGAACUAUUAUAUAAGAACUAAAAUAUUUACAAUUAAAGAUUUAAUUGAUUUGUAUCAGUUCAAAGAGAAAAGCGCAAAGUUAAAUUUUAUUUAUAUAAAACUUAAUUUUAAAUGAAUUUAUUCAAGAAAAUCAAAGGAAACAUAAACAAAAUGAUCGCGUCGUGAGUGUCUAGUUAAAUACACAUCUCUGAUGUGUAUAAUCACGAAGUCUUCCAAAGAAUAAUAUAAUACAGUAAUCAAGAAAUAAGCUUGACAUAAAAGACAACAUUGAUACACCAUUCAAGAUAAUUUUAAUAUCUGCUAUCUAAAAAUAUAUAAUAAUUACAAGGCGAAAAGUAAGCACAAAAAAUUUUUAUUAAGAUGACAUGUGGGUCAUUUCUUUAUCGAAUGAUAACAAAGUUAUCACAAAAACUAAUAAGAGAAAUAUUUUUCAUUAUUUAUGUUAAUUAAUUAAAUUUGCAAU